AUGGCGACCAUUCUCCCAACCUCCGCUCCCGCCACCAACGCCGCCGCUCGCAUCUUCUCCCAAUCGACGCCCCGAUGCCGCUUCCCAAGAACCUCUCCCGUGCUCGCGCCUUCGCGUUCCGCGACUCGCCGCUUCUCCGGCGUCGCCUGCUCUCCCGGAAUUGCCGGCGUCGGCGGGCAAGCCACUCCCCGGGAGGACACCGUCCGCAUCGUGGCCGUCGUCGGCGACGGGAGCAUCAGCCCGCUGAAAGAUACGCCCUGGGAGGAGGUUAUGCGCCAUACGGCUGAUAGGAUGAAGUGGGUUGAUGAAGGAUUCGAAAUGCUUGUCUUCACAGACAAGUCGAUGGACCAUGGUGGUUUUAGGCAAGAGUUGUCUCGCUGUGAUAUGCUAGUCAAUGUUGCAAUAACGGGGCAGGAGUCCGUCCAGUGGCUCAUACAGAACAGUAAGAACAUUCCGAAUGUACUUUGCUUUCAGUCAUCUCCGUCGUUACUGAACAAGCUAGGAGGCAGAUAUGUUCAAUAUACCGGAGCGCAGGACUUCUUUGGCAAGCUAGCCAGUGUUGGCAAACCAAGUGGCGCUGAGGAAUCAACUGAAGUCCUCAAAACCAUAUCCAAUGCCUGGGAAAGGCACAACUCAGAUGACAUCAGAUUUUGCCUCCUCGUUGUGGUUAACGCGUACAUAAGACCAGUUGAUAUGCUGCAAAACCUAAGGGCAAAAGGUCUCUCCACCCUGAGCUGUAUGAUAAAAAACUGUGGCCCUCAAAUUCUGAAUUGCCUGUUUGACCCCGACUGUCGGAAAGCCAUUCAGUGUUUGAAUUCUUGCUCUCCAACCGAUCAAGUCUGCAACUACCGCUGUAUCGCGUCUUACGAGAGUCCGCAACUGGAGGCCUUUUCUCUCUGUGUUUUGCAAAAGCACAACUGUCUAGAGCUAAAUGCUGCGAUCCCUAGUAAGCCCUCUGUAGCCCCGUUAUCCAUGUUCAGAGAACAGCAGCUUAGCCAUGAAGUUGCGGAAGACCUGUUUGUCGGCUGGCUGGACAAUUUGGAAUGGAGCUGGAGAGUUGUAGCCGGACAAAAUCCAGCAUAUGAUCAAUUCCCGUGCCAGUACCAAAUAUUCUACAGAGGGAAAGCUAAAGGUUCGUUUUGGUAUGAGCCAAUUUUUCAAGUCAAAACCCUGGAUGAGAAGCUAGUUUGGCGGCGCAGAAAAUACCGAGUGAGAAGAGCUAGCACCCCUGGUACAUUUUAUUUCAGUGUACUCGAUAAUGGUGUUGUUUCAAAAGAGUUUUGGACAAUUGUUGAUGUUUCAGAUGACUUCAGCUGGGGCCUGUUCCAUUAUCAUGGAGCUGCUCAGGCUGCUGGACAAUCAUACACUGGAGCGGUGCUUGUUACCCCUGAUGGGUCUUAUCCUGAUGGGGACAACCCAAGACUGGAUUCUGCUUUAGAGAAGUGUGGUAUUAAGAAAUGGGAGCUUUAUAUGGUCGAUAACUGCUCCUGCAUGGGUGCUCCUUUGGGAAUUCCGGAAGGUUCACGACUGCAUUACCAGAUUGCUCCAGGAAACGAAUCUGGUAUUAUGCAGAGAAUAUGAUGAUAUUUUCGAACAGCAUGAAACGGCAAUUUCAUUUCCCAACUGAUGUACUCAUGCAAAUGUACUUAGAAAGAUGUAACGAAUGACGUAGGUGUCACCGAAUGGAGCUUAUGUGUAAUUGGCUGAUAUUAUCAUGCAAUGAUCAAGUGGAUGGCCCAGAUUUUGCUGGAAUCCAGUAGCACACAAAUGACGCGUAGCACUGGAUAUGUUCUCAUGUUCAUCACCUGUCUAAAUCUUGGACAUUGGACAUGCUCCCACAUAGCAGUACAGAGGCUUGCAUCCUGUAUUUGCUGUGCCAGUCCCACUGUCCCAAACAAUAGCCUCUCAGCUGGUAUUCCGUUCCCGUUGCUGUACAGUUAUCAAACAUUGCUCGUAGAACUUGUGGUAGAUCAUGCCAUUUGUUGUCGUAAUGUUUAAUGUUUAUAUUUGUUCAUAAACUCGUUGCAAACUUGUAAUCAAUAUACACUAUCCAUUAUUUUGUAGAUAACUGAAUAUAUUCAAUACAUCUGGUGUUGGGAUGCUUAAGCA